UGCAGACAGAAUGAUUAAGAGGGUAGUGAGGUGGGGCUAUUGAAAUCAUGAACGCUCUUCUGUCAUUUCUUUUAUAUUAAAUUGCUUUGCUUUGAACAGUCUCGAAGACGACCACUCCAAAUCAAUCCAAUACAAAAUUCAACGUUUCAUUAAAUUCACUCCGUAUAACCCUAUAUAUAUAUAUAUAUAUUAAUCAUAGUUGUAGUUUUCAAACACAACAAUUCGUGACAGGUCGGUCAUAAUUCAUUCUACAUGAUCAAAGGCCUCAUUCGCAUACAUAUAUAUGUGCAUGUACAGAUAUAGAUUGACAUAAAGAUCCUUGCAAAUCUCAAAAUCCUUUUCAAAUUCUUCUUCAUCGUCUCGUGAUCCGAAAUUGUUAAUGAAACCAUUCGUUCAUUUGCUUUUAUCAGAACACGCCUCUUUGGUUUCCGUUUUUGUUGUUUUCGUACACCGCAGAGAUUUCAAAUCUUGAGGUCUCGAAAUUGGGUUCUGUUGCGGAGAAGUGGAAUUUUCGAUUGAAUCGAGGGUCUUUUCGAUCUCAAUUUAUGUGGCAUUUAUUGAUCUUUGAGGCGAAGUUGUGGAUCUUGUGGGAGUUGUAUAUAUAAGUGUAGAAUCCAUUGAAUUGAUUAUUUCAAAGCCAAUAUAGACCCAAAUUAAGGUUUUUGUGCCAUCAUUUUGUAGUUUGAUGCAAAGAGGAGGUGUUUUUUUGCUGUUUAAUUCUGGGUUUUUAGGUUUGGAAUAUGGGUUGGUGGUGUUUACCUGGUAAGCUUGGAGGAUCAAUUUGUUGACUUAGUGAGACCUUGAGGUAUGUAUGUUUCUGUAGUCUUUACAGGAACUGUAGAUUUUUAUUAUUUCUUUUUUGUUUCUUUGCUUUUGGAAAGUACGAACUAAGAACACACCCCAACUUGAAGUUUGAAGUUUUUUUAUUCAAUAAGUAAUUUGUUAGAGGAAACAAAUCUGCCAAAGUCGAGUACUGGGUUUUUUUUUUCAGAUUUCUGAUUGUAUGUGUGUGCAUGUAUAAUGUAUAUGUGUACUACAAUUGUUGAAGCAUAUAUAUAUAUAUUUUUUUGAAAGGUUGAAGCAUAUAUAUUACUCCUCAAUUAACAAAAUAUUGGGUUUACUCAUACUGAAGUGGUGCUGAAUUGUGAUUCUGCUGAGAAGAUUGGAAAACCUGAAAUUGAUUGAAGCUGUUUUGAGUAUAAUCAAAUUGGAUUAGUUCUAUGGAUUGCAGUUGAUGUUCGGCUUAUUUUGCGAGGCACGGUGUUUGGAGUUAUUUACCAUUUAGUUUAUUCGUGUUAUCAAAAUGGGCUCUCAGUGCUCCAAACUCACACCAUGUUGCUUGGUUUCACAAUACAAGGCAUCCAUUCUUGAGGUGCCUGAUAUUGAAAAUGAAGAGAAGACUGAGACCAAUAACUUGCCUGCAUUCCGUGAGUUUGCUCUCGAGGAACUUAAGAAUGCUACUUCUGGUUUUGCGGUAGAGAACAUUGUGUCCGAGCAUGGUGAGAAGGCUCCCAAUGUUGUUUAUAAAGGGAAGAUGGAUAAUCAGAGGAGGAUUGCUGUGAAGCGCUUUAAUAGAAAUGCUUGGCCUGAUGCCCAUCAAUUCGUGGAAGAAGCGAGGUCAGUUGGACAGCUCCGCAACCAAAGAUUGGUAAAUUUGCUUGGUUGCUGUUGUGGAGAUGAUGAGAGACUGCUUGUGGCUGAAUAUAUGCCCAACGAUACACUUGCAAAACACCUUUUUCACUGGGAAACACAACCUAUAAAGUGGCCAAUGCGAUUGAGGGUGGUUCUGCAUCUAGCACAAGCUCUAGAAUAUUGUUCAAACAAAGGUCGUGCCCUUUAUCACGAUCUUAAUGCUUACAGAAUUUUAUUUGAUGAGGAUGGUCAUCCUAGACUUUCAUGCUUUGGCCUGAUGAAAAAUAGUCGGGAUGGAAAAAGUUACAGUACAAACCUGGCAUUCACUCCUCCGGAGUAUUUGAAAACCGGAAGAGUGACGUCAGAAAGUGUAAUAUAUAGCUUUGGCACUCUUUUGAUCGACCUUCUUAGUGGAAAACACAUUCCCCCAGGCCACGCCCUUGACCUGAUACGGGACAGGAACCUUCAAAUGCUGACGGAUUCCUGCUUGGAAGGACAGAUUUCUAGUGAUGAUGGGACUGAAUUAGUACGCUUGGCUUCCCGGUGUUUGCAAUAUGAACCCCGAGAACGGCCAAAUCCAAAGUCAUUAGUGGCUGCUUUGACUCCUCUUCAGAAGGAAACUGAGGUUCCUUCUCAUGUCUUGAUGGGUAUUCUGCGCAGUGCUUCGUUCUCACCUAAAUCCCCACUUGGUGAAGCUUGCUCAAGAAUGGACUUGACUGCCAUACAUGAGAUCUUAGAAAAGAUUGGGUACAAGGAUGACGAAGGAGUGACAAAUGAGCUCUCAUUCCAAAUGUGGACGGACCAAAUGCAGGACACAUUGACUUCAAAGAAAAAGGGUGAUACUGCUUUCCGGCAUAAAGAUUUCAAAACUGCAAUUGAGUGCUACACGCAGUUUAUUGAUGUUGGAACGAUGGUAUCUCCGACCGUUUUUGCUCGUCGUAGUUUGUCUUAUCUCAUGAAUGACAUGCCGCAAGAUGCCCUAAAUGAUGCAAUGCAAGCCCAAGUCAUUUCUCCAGUCUGGCACAUUGCAUCUUACCUACAAGCUGCUGCACUUUUUGCCCUUAAAAUGGAAAAUGAAGCACAAGUAGCACUUAAGGAGGGCUCAACUCUUGAGGCCAAAAGGAACAAAACCAACGGACAGUAACCAACAGUAACCAAGUGAAGUACAGAUAUCUAAUCUCCUUCAAUUUCCUCGUUGAUUUGAGCAUAUAUUGAAAGGUUUCUGAUCAUGCCAGAUAGCCGGAAGCUUCUAGAGUUGCCCCUUUUUCUUUCUGCUAUGAAUUCUAUGAUAGUGUUAUAGGUUUGAUGCAUUUUUUGAGCAAGCGAAUCCUGUUUGGUUGUGUUUUGUUUUGUUAUGUUAUGUUUCAUAUCAAUUUUUGUGUGGGGGUUGUUUGAUCUCUCAAUUUUAGUCUUUUUGAAGUUUGAUCAGUUGUGCAUGAAAAAAGAGUAGUAACUUCCAAAUAUGAGUAAACAGAAAGGAAAGAAAAGUCUAAUGGAAGUAAAGAACUUGUUGA